CGUGGACGGAUUCAUUGAAACAUCGUACUCAAACGGAUUGACCCGUUACCAUACUAAUUCAAAGGUAAACUCAUUGAUUAAUUCCACCACCCAACACAAGCAAGUAAUCUUCCCUAUUAGUAUUAACUAAUAUCUACUACAUACACAUAACCACUCCAUGCCAUGCCAUUUUGUAUGGUUCCAUUAUUUCCACAACAUAAAAUUUUCAGUUAUGGCAUCGUCUUGCAACUAUAUGAAACCUCAUCUUCUUGCUUUCUUUCAUGUAACACUAUCACUCUCGCUUCUUGUAACAUCUCAUGCAGCUCCAUUAACUUUCAACUAUGACAACCUUAGUAGUGACAAAACACAUGCUUUAAAUUUUUCAGGUGAUGUCUACCAUGACAACCAAGUCCUCCAACUCACGAGGUACGAGAAAGACAGUCUAGGUAGAGUCACAUAUUCAAAACUAUUUCAUCUUUGGAACAUAAACACGAGUGAAGUCACGGAUUUUACUACUCGUUUCUCAUUUACUAUCAACACCCUCAACAAAACCGAUCAUUCAGAUGGAAUCACCUUCUAUUUGGCACACCCCAAUUUUCCACUACCUGUUCCAAGAGAUGGAAGUGGUAUUGGUCUCAUGAGCAGCGUUCAAUUAGCUACUCCAAAUUACACAAAAGAAAAUCCCUUUGUGGCUGUGGAAUUUGAUACAUUUGUCAAUACAUGGGAUCCUACAUAUGAUCAUGUGGGGAUUGAUGUUAAUUCAAUCAGUACUUCUUACACAACCCAAUGGUUCACUAGCUUGGACGAAAGAGGAUAUGAUGUUGAUAUUAGUUACAAUUCUAGUUCAAACAAUUUAAGUGUCACCUUCACAGGUUAUGGAGAUAACAACACAAUCCAACAGAAUUUGUUUCAAAUUGUCAAUCUAAGAGAAGUCCUACCUGAUUGGGUUGAAUUUGGCUUCACUUCAGCAACAGGGUUGUUUUGGGGGGAGGAACAUACUCUUAGGUCAUGGUCCUUCAACUCUAGUUUAGAUUUUGAAGCACACAAAGACGAAGGAAAAACAGGACUUGUUAUGGGACUAGCAGUGGGAUUAGGAAUUGGUGGAUUUGUUUUGAUUGGUGUAUUGGGUCUUUUUUCCAUUGUGUUGUGGAAGAAGUGGAAGAAAGAAAGUGAAGAGGAAGAUGGUGAAUUUGAAGAGUACAUGGGAGAGGAUUUUGGAAGGGGGGCAGGACCUAGGAAGUAUACAUAUGCAGAAUUAGCACACGCAGCUAAUGAUUUCAAAGACGAGUAUAAGCUAGGACAAGGAGGAUUUGGAGGUGUUUAUAGAGGUUUUCUUAAAGACACAAAAUCUUAUGUUGCUGUUAAGAGGGUGUCAGAAGAUUCACAUCAAGGAAUAAAGGAGUUCGCAUCAGAAGUAACAAUUAUUAGCAAAUUAAGGCAUAGAAAUCUAGUGCAAUUGAUUGGUUGGUGUCAUGAAAGAAAAAAGCUUUUACUUGUAUAUGAGUACAUGCCAAAUGGUAGUUUAGACAUUCAUCUUUUCAAAAAUCAAAGUUUCUUGAAAUGGGGUGUUAGAUAUACAAUAGCUAGAGGCUUGGCUUCUGCACUGUUAUAUUUGCAUGAAGAAUGGGAACAAUGUGUUGUACAUAGAGACAUAAAAGCAAGUAACAUCAUGUUGGAUUCAGAGUUUAAUGCAAAACUUGGAGAUUUCGGUUUAGCAAGGUUUGUGGACCAUGCAAAAGGUGCACAAACUACAGCUUUAGCAGGGACUUUGGGAUACAUGGCUCCUGAAUGUGCUACCACAGGAAGAGCUAGUAAAGAAACAGACGUGUAUAGUUUUGGUAUUGUUGCUUUAGAGAUAGCUUGCGGAAGAAAACCUAUAAUAAACCUUAAGGCUCAAGAAAAUGAAAUACAUAUUGUGGAGUGGGUUUGGGGGCUAUAUGGAAGAGGGAAAAUUCUUGAAGCAGUAGAUCCAAAACUAGAUGGAGAUUUUGAACAAGAACAAAUCAAGUGCAUGAUGAUUGUUGGUCUUUGGUGUGCUCAUCCUGAUCCUAAUAAUAGGCCUUCAAUAAGACAAGCUAUUCAAGUGCUUAAUUUUGAAGUUCCACUUCCUAAUCUUUCAUCAAGUAUGCCUGUACCAACAUAUCUUGAGGGGCCUUUAAACUCUUUUUCAGCUCCAUUCAGCACAAAUAAUUCAGAGGAAAGUCAAAACCAGAAUAUAAAAAGCUUUAGUUCAACUUCAAACUCAUCUUGCUAUUCCGUAUCCUCUAAGACUCUUGCUUUUGAAAAUAACCAAACAAGGACCUCACAAUCAACCUUUGAUGUCAUUUCUCCAUCGGCUGCACUUCUAAAUACAUACCAAUAGUUAGAUUUCUUUUUUAAGAUUUUUUUUCUCAUUUAUGCAUGUUUUUCUUGUUGAUUUGCGUUUGUGCUUGUAUAUUUUGCAUAAUUUUUUUAUCAUCAAUAUGCAUUAGUAUAAAGGGUUAGGUUUGGUUGAGUCAAUUGGGUGUCCCUCAUCCGACAUGCACAUUUGACUAAUCUAGUAUUUUAGACAGAACUGGAUAGAAUCGAUGGGUACAAUUCGAUAAACAAUUAAUUAGUUACACCAAACCUAAGCAUAAGACAAUGUACAAUUUAAAACUCUUCCAAAAAAACAUAUUAUUCACAUAAUAUUUUCAAAAUUACAAAACACAUUACAUGUUAUCUUUCUUUCUUACACACACAG